AUGCACACAGCUGAGUUUUUAGAUAUUGAAGAGACCCAAAUCUCAUCUAUUCUAGCUGGUGGUUACAAUCAUCCACUAUUGAGAGAAUGGCAAAGUGAGAGACAACUGCACAAAAAUAUGUUAAUUUUCCCAAUCUUUAUAUCCGAUCAGCCAGACGACAUUACACCAAUUGAUUCAUUGCCUAAUAUUAGUAGAUUAGGUGUCAAUAAAAUUGUUGAUUAUCUACGUCCUUUAGUGGAGAAAGGUUUAAGAUCUGUAAUCAUAUUUGGAGUUCCUUUAGCACCAGGCUGUAAAGAUCCUGUUGGUACUGCUGCAGAUGAUCCAAAUGGACCUGUUAUUCAAGGGAUUAAAACAUUAAGACAGGCUUUUCCAGAUCUAUAUAUUAUAUGUGACGUGUGUCUUUGUGAAUAUACCUCUCAUGGACACUGUGGUGUCCUAUACAAAGAUGGUACAAUUAAUCGAGAACUAAGUGUUGCCCGUAUUGCUGCUGUUGCAGUUAAUUAUGCUAAAGCAGGUGCACAUUGUGUCGCUCCAAGUGAUAUGAUUGAUGGUAGAAUUAAAGAAAUUAAGCGUGGAUUGAUUAACGCAGGUUUAGCACAUAAGACCUUUGUUCUUUCAUAUGCUGCAAAAUUUAGUGCCAAUCUAUAUGGUCCUUUCCGUGAUGCUGCAUGCUCUGCACCAUCUUCAGGUGAUAGAAAAAGAUAUCAAUUACCUCAUGCAGGAAGAGGUUUGGCUAGAAGAGCAGUUCAGCGUGAUAUGAAUGAGGGUGCCGAUGGUAUUAUUGUCAAACCAUCUACCUUUUAUUUGGAUAUUAUGCGUGAUGCAAGUGAAAUUUGUAGAGAUUUGCCAAUAUGUGCUUAUCAUGUAUCUGGGGAAUAUGCAAUGUUACAUGCAGCCGCUGAAAAAGGUGUUGUGGAUUUAAAAAGCAUUGUUUUGGAAUCUCACCAAGGGUUCUUAAGAGCUGGUGCUAGAUUAAUUAUCACUUAUUUUACGCCAGAGUUAUUAGAUUGGAUUUCAGAGUAA